AUGACGGUUGCGAACGACCGCGUGUUGCGCGUCGAGUCGGUCGAUGCCCUUGCACAACAGUUGUAUCGCCGCUCUCGGACUGCUGGCCCGGAUUUCAGCAAACUGAGCAAGGCUGUUGGCAGUCUCCAAAGGGUCCUCAAGCACCUACGCGACGAGGUCCAGGACGCCGACUCCCUUCUCAACCAACCGGGAUCGGCCAAUCAUGACAGUCCAAAUGGCGUCUAUCAUGAGGAGCUGACCAGGCUCGUCCAGGAGAGCGACUACACCAUCAAGCAGGUGAACACGAUUAUCGAAAAAUAUGGUGGUGCCAGCGCUGUCUCGAAUGGCAUGGGAGCCGAGAGCCGGGAUUCCUCCAGGACCCCUGAUGAAGACCCAACCGAAAAGGCACUCAAGAUUGACCUGGUCAGGGAGCGCGUGGUCUCCCAAAAGGCCAAACUUGUCAACUUUCUGGACAUGGUGCAGCUACACAACCCAUCAAAGGUGCAUCAUUCGCUGCUGAAAUUAGACAACAACUCGCAGAUGGAAGACAUCAAGAACAAGGUGGAUAUCGUUGCCAACCGCUUGUUUCAAAAAAGACGAGGUUCACCAGUGGGAGAGCACCAAGAAGAGCUGUGGCAAGAGUUCAAGACCGAGCUCGAAAACGAGGGGUUCUCGUCAGACGUCCUCCGCAACAACAAGGAAGUCCUUCGGGCAUACAUACGCGAGCUCGAAUCACACAAAGCCCCUCAGGACGGAACACCCCCUUCUGUUCGCGGACUGCUCGAAUGGGGCACCCAACCGCCAAUGGGAGAGCAGGGUGCUUCCUCAUCCUACCCAGUGCCCAACCCGGACCCAAGACCCAAUCAUGGUGAUGCCCCCAUUAGUAACGAGGGACGACGACGGAUCCCGACCUCCGACACAGAGAAACCCCUUCAAGUUCAUCGACAUUUACAACCUCCUGCCAUCUCUAACCAUUCAUCACAUCUCAGCUAUGACUACUGCACAUCAUCUGAAUCCUCCGACUCCGAGUCCAGCCCUGUUUCUCAAACAGCCUUGAUAUCAACGCGAGAUAUUCUCACCCUUGACUUGUACGAAGCUAACAAGAUGCCUGGACGCCUGGGCUCACGCGGCCCACCACCCAACUACAACCUGUCUCCUGGAACAUCGCCAGGAAAUCGGUAUUUGCCUCCUGGGGUUCAGCCGCUGCAGAUCCCUGGAGCAGAUGCCAUCUCUUACGAUGGCCAGUACUCGAGGCCUUCUCGAUACGCUUCGCCAUCCUCUCAGUUCCCGCCCCCUUACACCAGAACCUUGUCCCCAAGUUCAUCGACCGUGACGCCACCGCCUCCCUACACCAGCCAAGUGUCGCUCUCGGCCCCUCAUGCCGGGAAUGAUCUUUCUUAUCACCAACAUCAGCAGCAACAAGCUCGGCAGCACAGUAACCUAGCCCCCGAUGGUCGAGGCAAACAGAUCCCACUGGACGCGACCUGGACCAGAAUCAAGCGCAGCCUUGUAUCGCCUGUCGUUCUCGAGAGAGCUGGUGUGCGUUACGAGGCCAGACCGACCUUUGUUGCAGUCCUUGGCAAGCUGUCCCCCGAGCAAAUCGCCGAGUAUGCCAGACAGACUGCCGAAGUCCGAAACGCAAGAGGCCCAUCCAAUGCUCCAAGCGAGAUCUAUGAACCCCCCAACCGAGCACGCCCUCGAGGAUACCCCGAGGGACGAAGGAUGCGUGGAGGCGGAGGUGCAAGAAUUCGGAGCAACAACAACCCACCCCAACCGGCACACUGGGAUGAUGGCGAUUCCUCCGACGAUCAACGUGACUACCGCCAGGAGGCGGCACGCACCAAAUACAUACCCAGAGGCUACACCCCCGAUAAAUACCGCCCCGACGACAAGGGUGCAAGAGCCCACCCCAUCAUUAUCUCGCCUCCUGAUAGCGGCUACGGCGAAGGCAGUAGGGUCUCACCCUCGGCCACUGUUGAGCCGAAGCCGAUCUUGAAACAGAACCACGUCCGGUUCAACGAUGGACCGAGGGACAUCUCUCCCGGCUAUUACACGGACCGCUCCCACCGCGAAAAGGGUCGACGCCGUUCUGAGCGGGACAACCAAGACCGAGAUGGCAGAGCCAGGGAUGACCGGUCCGGUGAUCGGGACAGUCGAGCUCGCGAGCAGCGUGAACGGGAGCGGGAGCGGGAGCGGGAACGGGAACGUGAAACAGAGAGGGACCGGCCUCGCAGGGGUAGUUCCCGCGACAGGGAGAGGGAGAGGGAGAGGGAGAGGGAGAGGGAGAGGGAGAGGGAGAGGGAGAGGGAGAGGGAGAGGGAGAGGGAGAGGGAGAGGCAACUCGAGCGGCAACGACACCGG